AUGGACCAACAAGUAAACUCUCCCCCAGAAGAUAACAACAGUAUACGAGAUAAGAAUCAAACAUCACAAGAGACACCAAAGCCCCUUGGACCACCAGAGAUACCAGCUGCAACAGAUGUACCGAACUCAACUUCAAGGUCCGUCUUGUCUUGGCUCACGAGGCAGCAAAAUAGCAACGCCACCAGUAAUGAUCUAAUUACCCAGAAUGAAACAAUUCAAGCCAAUGGACUGAUUGUUCAAUCAGAACCACCCAUUUUAACCACAUCCACAGAUAUUGUUGUUGCUGGCUCAGGAGACUCACCACUACCACAAACAUCUUGGUAUUCGUACUACACAUCAUUUAUAUUUCCUAGCAGUGGAGAAUCCCCCACGAUGGAACAUAUGCCACUACUACAAGGAAACUUAUCAAUCGCAAAAGAAGAGGACGAAGAAGCUAACAAUAAUACAAGAGGCUUGUUCGGAUGGCUUUUUGGCUCUAAUGGACAUAUACAGGAAGAUGAAGUUAGUGAUGAAUCAAGCGAGGCGUAUAAAGCCGCGAAAGCAGUGAUUGAAUCUUCAAAAGAGGAGUGUCAUUAUGCAUACAAGAGUACCGAUGAGUUUCAAACAUUUGAAAUGAGUGUUAGUGGUACGCCAACUGAGAAACUACCGGUUCUACUACACACGAAAAAGCAUAAACCAGUCUCCGCUAAUGAAGUAUUUGAAAAAACAUUGAGACAAAAGAAUAAUGUAGAGGGUGAUGCACCUAUACCUAUUAUCUCACCUAGAUUUGUUGACAAUUAUCGUGAAAUUACAUGGAGGACCAAAACGCGCUUACUAACAUCGGACCUCAUAUGUGGAUACAACACUGAACAUCAUCUAUAUCGUAAGAAGGAGGAGCUGGUCUUACGAACCGCUAAACAAUUGAAAAAAGUUGUGGUCAUCACAGUUCAUAAUUUCUUACCUGUCAAAUUAGUGCGGGCACUAACUGGAGAAUAUACAGGAAAUGCAAUAGGAUAUGCUAAAUUGGCUACCAAAGCCAUAAAAACAUGGAUGAAGCAGAAUAAUCCAGAAUAUAAAGAGGAAGAUAUCGGUAUUGAGAGUAUUGCCAUUGACGGGCAAGGUAAAAUAGCGACCUGCGUCGAAGAUUCACUUCAACUUUUGCACAACUAUACAAAAGAGCUCAAUGAUUGUGAUUUCAUAUACGUUGUUGGGUAUGGCACUUCCUCUCCCAUAGCCAUAAACAUAUUAGCGGAAUUAACAUCUCAAAAUCAUAAUUUAUGCAAGAAAAGAAUUGGAGUUUUAAGCAUGUCAGGCAAUUUAAUGGGUCCUGUACCGUCAAAAUUCUCCAAAAUUGUAUAUCGAGCAUACACUCAACUUGAAAAUGAUAUUGUUCGAGAAGUGUUUGAAUACGAAAAGAAGGGUUGUUCAUUAUCACGCAAAUUAACUGAAUCGAUACGAUUUCUCCUUGCUCAAAAUGUCAAAUUUACCUUUUCAAGUACGACUAAUGAUUCAUUCAUUCCAUUAUAUUCAUCAUUGGCAAUACAAUUUGAUCAUCCUAAUAUCCACCGAAACUUAUAUCAAGUACACCCAACCCCAUUCAUAUCGACUAUAUUAGAGAUUGCCUGUCAAAUGAGAAACGUUGGAGUCUUUCGAGACCACAGCAUAGUCAGAAGCUUUAGUGAUAAAUUGGACAUCAACAAAACAAACAAAUACAUAUUUGAUGAUGACGAAAUGUAUUUGGAAAGUCUUAGAUUUACAUUGGAGUCCACAAAAUUGCAUAAGCUGAAAGAGAUUCAAAUUAGAAAAGAACCUCGAGGAUCAACAACCGAUCUUAAUUUACUUCCUUAUAACUUUCGAGGUUUCGUUCAAGAAUUUGUGAGUGUGAAACAUGUUGGUAGUGUAAAACAACUCAAGAAAAUGAUUGAAGAGUUUAAAACUUGGGAACCCAAUUUGAAGACCAAGGAUGUGAAAUAUUGUUUGGAAGCUCUUGAUGAUUUUCAAAUUGAGGAAUUAUUUAUUUAA